AUGGCGUCGCGUGCUCACCCGGCCCUCCCCAGCCUCGAUGCCAUGGAGCCGGAGCGGCCGCCGCCGUCCCUCAUGAGCGAGCUCCUCGAGGAGAUCUUCCUGCGCGUCGCCUCCCCUGCGGUCCUCGCCCGCGCCUCCGCCGCGUGCGUCUCGUUCCGCCGCCUCAUCGCUGACCACUCCUUCCUCCGCCGGUACCGCUCCAUUCACCCGCCCCUACUCCUUGGCUUAGUCCACCGCUCUGGUUUCCAACCUGUUGAGGCGCCCCAUCCCUCCGCUGCUGUCGCCCGUGCUGUCGCGUUUUCCUUCGACUACCUCCGUCGCACCAACAAAUGCCGCCGCUGGUAUCCGAUCGAUGUCCGCGACGGCCGCGUCCUCGUCGAGUGCCCUAGGGAGAAAGGCCUCGUCCGGGACCUCGCGGUGUGUGACCCGUUGUCCCAGCGAUACCUGCUGCUGCCUCUCAUAACCGACGACCUACUCGCUUCCAUCGGGCUUGACAGUAGUCUCUUCCAUUUCGGAGCCUCCUUUAUCCCUUCAGGAGGCAUAGAGGAGGAUACAUCAUUCGGUGUGAUCAGCUGGAUACAAUCCAAGUCAAGGCUGGGGGUAUUUAUCUUCUCUUCGGGCUCUGGCUGCUGGAGUGUCAGCACGUCUAUCAGUUGGGGCGAUCUAGGUUUUGACCAAAUUAAUAUGUUGAAUUUAGGUCAAUGUGCGUAUGAUUGCUUCUAUUGGAAAUUGUACGACAUGAGCACGGUGAUCAAGCUCGACAUGAAUAGUAUGCAGUUUUCCACUAUUGACCUCCCGCCUGGCCACGACGAACGGGAAAUCAUCAUUGUGGAAUCAGAGGAAAGCAAGGUUGCAAUGUUUAGUCUUCUGAUUUAUGAUGGCACAUCUGUGGAUUAUUAUACAUUUCCGCAAAAUGGCAGUGAGAAGUCCCAUGAGUGGCAUAUGAAGAGUACCAUCCCCUUGCCUGACCAUUGUACUAGUGAGUGCUACAUUUAUGGUCCAGCUGAAGGAUACAUUUUCAUAGAAUGCGUUCGGGAUGAAGAGGAUACAACAUAUUCAGCGUUUUUCUCACUUGAGAUGAAGUCUUUUAAUAUUGAGAGGGUCGGUAGGACAAGUUUUCCUGCUGGCACCUAUCCAUAUUUUGGUUUCCCACCAUCUAUGUCACCAAGGAGGAUUUAA